CCUGCCUUCGCUGUCCCUCUUCACUUCAUCAUACAGAUUCAAAACACAACUAAUAUCAGACAUCACUAAUACUACCCUAAACGAGACAAUCCUCCUCGUUUUCACCUUACUUCUACCUCUUUAUCCUCUCUCACCUCUAUCUAUCUCCUACCUUACAUCUCAUUCUAUCCGCACAACAUAACCCCACCUUUACACCAUGAACGGUGCUCAGUUUACAGACAAAGCCAACAAGGCCCUGCUGGACUCCAGCAGUCUGGCUGAACAAUACUCACACUCACAAAUUCUCCCCAUUCACCUGGCAGUCUCCCUCUUGAACCCUACUCCAGAUGAAUCGAAAGAUCAACAAACUACCGCCCAUCCUUCUCACGACACUGCCUCCGCUCCUCUCUUCCGUCAGGUCGUUGAACGCGCCCAUGGCGAUCCUCAACUACUCGAACGUGCCCUCAUGAAGCUCCUCGUUCGUCUGCCCAGUCAAGAUCCUCCUCCCGAGUCCGUCAGCGUCUCGCCCGCUCUGGCCAAGGUUCUCCGUUCUGCUAGCGACCUGUCCAAGACCCAGAAGGACAGCUACGUCGCCAUCGAUCACCUCAUCACCGCUUGCGCUCAGGACUCACAAGUCCAGCGCGCUCUGUCAGACGCCAACAUCCCCAACGUCAAAUUGAUCGACAGUGCCGUACAGCAGAUCCGCGGAACGAAGCGGGUCGACUCGAAGACCGCAGACGCCGAGAGCGAAAAUGAGAACCUGAAGAAGUUCACCAUCGAUAUGACCUCGCUGGCUCGAGAAGGAAAGAUCGAUCCUGUUAUUGGUCGAGAGGAAGAAAUCCGACGUGUGAUCCGCAUUCUCAGUCGGCGCACGAAGAACAACCCGGUGCUCAUCGGUGAGCCUGGUGUCGGUAAGACCACCAUUGUCGAAGGCCUGGCGCGUCGGAUCGUCAAUGCCGAUGUUCCUGCCAACUUGGCCCAGUGCCGACUACUCUCUCUUGACGUCGGUUCUCUUGUUGCCGGCAGCAAGUAUCGUGGUGAGUUCGAGGAGCGCAUGAAGGGUGUUCUGAAAGAGAUCGAAGAAUCGAAGGACACCAUCGUUUUAUUCGUCGACGAGAUCCACCUCCUCAUGGGUGCAGGCUCUAGUGGCGAGGGUGGCAUGGACGCUGCCAACUUGCUCAAGCCCAUGCUGGCUCGCGGUCAGCUGCACUGCAUCGGUGCUACGACUCUGGGCGAAUACAGAAAGUACAUCGAGAAGGAUCAGGCCUUUGAACGUCGGUUCCAGCAGGUCUUGGUCAAGGAGCCCAGUGUUUCCGAAACCAUCUCCAUUCUGCGUGGCUUGAAGGAGAAGUACGAAGUGCACCACGGUGUCAACAUCCUCGACGGCGCCAUUGUCUCCGCAGCUGAACUGGCCGCCCGGUAUCUCACAGCUCGUCGCCUUCCCGACUCCGCGGUCGACUUGAUCGAUGAGGCCGCCGCUGCGGUUCGGGUUACUCGAGAAUCGGAACCCGAAGCUCUUGAUAACCUUGAAAGAAGACUCCGCCAGCUGCAGAUCGAAAUUCACGCUCUCGAGCGCGAGAAAGAUGAUGCCUCCAAGGCCCGCUUGGAAGCUGCCAAGCAGGAGGCUGCCAACGUCGCCGAAGAGCUUCGCCCCCUGCGGGAGAAGUACGAAAGCGAGAAGCAGCGUAGCAAGGCCAUCCAAGAGGCCAAGAUGAAGCUCGACACUCUCAAGGUCAAACGUGACGAAGCCGAACGCUCCGGCGAUACCCAGACCGCCGCCGAUCUGGAGUACUAUGCUAUCCCCGAGACCAAGCAACUCAUUGAACGACUAGAGAUUGACCGUGCCAAGGCUGACGAAGAGCGACGCUCUCGUCAGGGCGACGCGGGCGAGGCUCUGCUGGCAGAUGCCGUCGGCCCCGACCAAAUCAACGAGAUUGUGGCCCGCUGGACCGGUAUUCCCGUGACUCGUCUCAAAACCACUGAGAAGGACAAGCUGUUGCACAUGGAGAAGCAUCUUGCCAAGGUGGUUGUCGGUCAGAAGGAGGCCGUUGCGUCGGUUUCCAACGCUAUCCGCCUGCAACGGUCCGGUCUGAGUAACCCCAAUUCGCCGCCCAGCUUCCUCUUCUGCGGUCCCUCGGGUACGGGUAAGACACUCUUGACCAAGGCCUUGGCGGAGUUCCUGUUCGACGAUCCCAAGGCCAUGAUCCGGUUCGAUAUGUCCGAAUACCAGGAACGGCACUCUCUGAGCCGGAUGAUUGGAGCACCUCCCGGAUAUGUCGGCCACGACGCUGGUGGCCAGCUCACCGAAAGCCUCCGCCGGCGCCCGUUCUCCAUUCUCCUAUUCGACGAAGUCGAGAAGGCCGCCAAGGAGGUGUUGACUGUCCUCCUCCAGCUCAUGGAUGAUGGUCGUAUCACCGAUGGACAAGGCAGAAUCGUCGACGCGAAGAACUGCAUUGUGGUGAUGACCUCCAAUUUGGGAGCCGAGUUCCUCGGUCGCGCUGCCGCCAAGGACGGACGCAUUGAGCCCGCGACGCGCGAGCUGGUGAUGGGUGCCCUUCGCGACUACUUCUUGCCCGAAUUCCUCAACCGUAUCUCGAGCAUCGUCAUCUUUAACCGUCUCACCAAGCGCGAGAUCCGCAAGAUCGUUGACCUCCGUCUCUCUGAAGUGCAGAAGCGUCUCGACGACAACUCGCGCAAGGUCACCAUCCGGUGCACGGAUGAAGUCAAGGAUUACCUUGGCGCAUCCGGCUACUCGCCUGCCUAUGGCGCUCGUCCCCUGGGCCGUAUCAUCGAACGCGAGGUCCUCAACCGCCUCGCCGUCCUUAUCCUCCGUGGAAGCAUCCGCGAAGGUGAAGAGGCCCGCGUGGUUAUGCGCGAGGGUCGCAUCGACGUGCUUCCCAACCACGAGACCGAGCUUGACGAAGAUCUAGACAUGAUCGACAGUGACCAGGAAGCAUUGGCUGAGAUGGAAGAUGGCAGUGGUGACAUGGAUUUGUACGACUAAAAAGCCGUGGACGUGCAGAUGAUGAAGACGAGAAAAAAGAGAGAUGCAGAGUCUUGACAUCGAUUGAUUGAUCUUGUUCGGGUGUUCAUUUCUUCUUUCUUACGAUUAACGAGAUAUGACUUUUAUUAUAUUUUUUUCCUUCUCUUGUUCGGCAUGUUUCUUUUUACCUUUGUACAGGACUUGAAAUUUGUUUCUACAUGAGCACAUAUUCGAGUAUAUAUUGGCAUGUGUCUGCAGAUUAAGGAUUAAUAGAGCAAAUCAAUAUAUAAAAAAGAUUUCUUAAUA